UUGGAAGCCUCUUCGGGAGCAGGGUCGGAUCCAGAGAUUCUCGCUAUGGAGACUCCUCAAGACAGCAGCCAAAGCAUCCCAAAGNCUCCGAGUCUGGGAGCCGAGGAGGACCAGGAACAACAGCAUGGUGGGAAAGCAGUGGUCUCCGGGGCUCCAGAGGAAAGAAUAGACAAGAGAGAGCUUGUACUGAGCUGGCUUGCUCAGGGUGAGUUUGAUCAGGGCGAAGGUGCUCAGGGCGAGGUUGCUGGAGGUGAGCAGGCUCAAGGAGAGCCUGCUCCUGUGAGUCCAGCUCAGGAAGCCACUGGAGGAGAGGAGGGAGAAAACAAGGAAGGAGAAAUGGAAGGAAGACAUGCUGGUGAUGGUGCUUCUGGUUCCGAGGAUGACAACAUCCCGGAAGAAGGUGGCCAAAACAGAGAUCAUCAGCCGCAGCAGCAAGAGGACGCCGUUCCUGAUAUCAGAAACCCACAGGUUCUGAACAGGCUGGCUCAACUGCGGUACAGACGCACCAGGUUCACCCACUCUCAGCUGCAUGACCUGGAGCGCCUUUUCCAAGAAACUCACUACCCCAGCUUGCGAGCAAGGAGGGAUCUUGCACGAUGGAUGGGUGUGGAUGAAUGUGACGUGCAGAAUUGGUUUCGGAUGAGGAGAUCCCUUUUCCAGAGAAACAGGAGACUGCUGAUGUUCUGCGAACUGCCACCGCUUCCCCAGAGCGACUCUCCCUGAAGACUAUGGAGCUGCACUUGAGUGCCACCGCUGUCCUGGAGCCAGAUGAGCAUGAAUUCUUCUGAGCCACCCAUGAUGGCCAGGACANCCUUCUCUUCUCUACAAUUAUUCAGCAAUAAAGAGGUGGAUUCUGAAUA